AUGGUUGAACCAAAUACCUCUGGUCCUUUGAAGACGGACGACUUUACUUUUGACUGCGGUGACGUAGACAUCAAGGUGAAACUGAGCAGUGAAGAUACGAUUACCGUUGGAAAAGUAUCCUCGAGCGCAAUGGCAAUGGCCAGUCCCGUCUGGAAGAAGUUCGUCUAUCCUCCAUUCUCGAGAAUUCAGGGCUGGCACUCUACCGGUGGUGUCACUAUCAAGGAACUGGACUUCACGGAAGAUUACCCCUUGGCACUACUGAUUCUGCUUCGAGUCGCCCAUUUACGCUUUAGGGCCGUUCCAGUUUCGCCUUCGACAAUGGACAAAGCUAAUAACAAUAAUAUUAUCAGGUUUGAGCUGUUGGUGCAACUUGCAACUCUUUGUGAUGAAUACGAUUGCGUCGACCUGGUUAAACCGUGGUAUCAUACUUGGUUUGCGAACUGGGAGUCUAAGCCACUUGAGUAUGGACAGGAGAAAGAGAGUUUAUUGAUUGCAUGGACUUUUGGCAUGGAGAAGUCCGUAGAAUCUUUGACCAAGAAUUUGGUGAGGGAACUCUCCAUCAACGAGGAUGGAAAGGCAAACUUUGGGAUCAUCGAAGGAGACAUACUCCCAAUUCCGCAAAGUCUCAUUGUCGCAUGGAGCUGUACGAGACGAAGAGUAGUGGGUUUUGCAAAAGAAACAAGGAGCACUGUGAGAUAUUGUGCUACGGUUCCCUUCUUAAAGGCCUCCAGAAUACUGGAAUUUGGCCGCGGCCGAAGGCUCAAGACGUUCACAUCAGUGUUAACCAACUUUCCUCGGCACUCAACGGCUGCAAGAUAUAUACCCUCAACAACCACACCGACUGCUUCUGUACCUCCAAAAUACGAAAGUACGUAG